AUGGCUAACAAACAUACCAAGUUAUUGAUAUGCGCGGCCGGUAUAUUCGUAUGCUAUUUUUACUUUGGUAUGUUGCAAGAAAAGAUCACCCGCGGGCAGUACGGCGAUGAAGAGAAUCGUGAGAAAUUCACAUAUAUGUUUGCGCUGGUUUUCGUCCAGUGUAUGAUGAACUAUAUGUUCGCCAAGACGAUUCUGCUGACGGUGAUGAAGCAGGGCGAAGAUACUACGUCGAACAUGUACUAUGCUGUGUCUGCUCUGACCUAUCUUCUUGGUAUGGUAUGCAGUAACAUGGCAUUGCAGUUUGUCAGCUAUCCGACGCAGGUGAUCGGCAAAGCCGGCAAGCCUAUACCUGUGAUGGUACUCGGUGUAUUGCUAGGAAAAAAGGCAUAUCCUAUUAGAAAAUACAUAUUCAUUUUCCUGAUUGUCAUCGGAGUUGCGUUGUUUAUGUACAAAGAUGGUAAUGUCUCUAAAAAGCAAGUGGAGUCACAAUUGUCGGUUGGAGAAUUAUUAUUAUUGCUAUCGUUGACGAUGGAUGGAUUAACAAGUGCAGUACAGGAACGAAUGCGGGCAGAGCACAACUCAAAGUCAGGUCACAUGAUGCUUAAUAUGAAUUUCUGGUCCGUUAUUUUUAGUGGAACAGUAAUCGUUGUUUCUGGAGAACUUUCCGAGUUUAUUUUUUUCCUGCAAAGAUAUCCUUCCACCAUAUGGCAUGUAAUGACAUUUUCUAUAGCUGGGGCAUUUGGACAGUAUUUUAUAUUUUUAACGGUAGCUGAAUUUGGCCCAUUGCCAUGUUCAAUUAUAACCACUACUAGAAAAUUUUUUACUGUCCUAGGGUCUAUAUUGAUUUUUGGCAAUAAUCUUUCUCCUAGGCAAUGGUUAAGUACGUUUAUAGUAUUUUCAGGUUUAUUCCUGGAUGCUAUGUAUGGUAAAGACAAUAGUAAGAAAAAUACUGCAAAAUAGAAUGUGAUAAUUACUUCAACAUUUAUUUAAGUAUCCUUGUAACCAGAUCUGUUGAGAACAAAUUUUGAAACAAGCAUCUGCAACAAAUUUUUUCAACAGGAUGCUAGCACAAAUAUAACGGAAUAUAAUGGCAAAUUGAUCGCAGAAACUAGGCAAAAAUCUAUCGUUAUUAUCUAUUGUUAUAUUUGUAGCCAUUUAAAUUAUAUAUUCCAUUUACAUUUAUAAAAUAUCAGAUUCUAUCGUUCUUACAGUCUGUUAUUAGAUUAUAUCAGCAGGUUUAGUAUUCUUAGUUUGCAAAAAUUCUUAGAAAUCUUGAAAAAAAAGUUUUUCUUGAUUUAUUUUUUUAGAUUUCUUUAUUAAGAUGAGGUUAUCUUUAUUGCGUUCUGUGUCAAUAAUUGUAAGAUUUCUUUCAAAAAGAAAAACUAAUAAGCAAUUUAUUGAUAUAGUUCAGUGUCAUUUCAUAAUUUUCUACAUUUUUUGGAAAAAAAAUAGAAAAAA